UAUCUCAAAUAAAGAAAGGUUAGGAUAAAGUCAGAUUUUCUGAGAAAAUAAAAUAAUAAUUUAAUUUUGAGCAUUUUGAAUAAUCAAGAUGACUGUAAAAUCUCAAAAAGCUAAAGUUAUAGUAGAAGACGAUGUUCAUUCUAGAAGCGACUCUGAUUCUGAAGUUGAAUCAAAUGCAGAGUCUUUAGAAAACGAUUCAGCCGAUAAUGUAAGUCAAUCUUUGAACGAGGCCUGGGCAGAUUCGAUAGCUAAAAUUUUAAAUACGAAUAAACCUAAAGGCAAAAAAUCUCUGGUAUUAUCGAAAGCCAAGAAGUUAACCGAUGUAAAAAAGACAAAAACGAAAGUAGAGAACUUCGAAAUAGCCACUUCCGAUGGUCAGUUUAAAAGAGAAGUAACUGAAGAAAUAGUAGAAGAAGAAACAAUUGCAAGGAAACGUAGAAGAGAGCUUCCAAAUUUGAGAGUGAAACCGAAUAUUUUGGAAAAGGACAGAGAGAGAACAUUGCAGAAAAUUGCAACAAAGGGAGUGGUACAAUUGUUUAAUGCUGUCAAACUGCAACAAAAAGAUAUUGGUAGGAAGUUGGAUGAAGCGGGACCUUUAGAGGUUCAUAAAGACAGAGUAUUGAAGAAUAUCGAUAAAAGGGCCUUCUUGGAUGUGCUUAUGGGUGAAAAAUCAGAAAAUGUUCAAAAAAUAGCGGCCACAAAUGAGAAUACAAGUAAUUCAAAGAAGCCUUCGUGGAAUGUUCUACGAGAUGACUUUAUGAUGAGUACGAAAAUGAAGGACUGGGAUAAAGAGUUGGAAGAGAGUGAAGGGGAACAGAAUAUGGAAUUUGAUUAAUGUCUUAACAGAUUUUUAUUAAAUGUUUUUAUAUAAUACAUACUUUUUUUUUGUUAAUAUUAAGUUAAUAUUGAUUUUUGUUAAUAUAAAAAUAUAAUGUUUUGUUAUUACCUAAAGAA